CCUUUACCUUGUCUUCCUUCAACAUUGCACAACUAGGUGCCCACAUUCGCUGGUAGCGAGGACAUCCACUUUCAGUCCAUCUACCUUUCGAGAUGGUGAGAUACCCAGCUAGAUCUGCAGCUUUCGCCAUAACCCUUCUGGGCUCUAUCAUCAACUUGUCGUUUACCCUUCAAACUCUUGCCUCAUGGAGUUCUCUCAAAGAACCAGAAUCCAAUGAAACGGAAUGGGAUUCUUCAUGGCUUAGUCGAAAGUGGCCUUGGCACCCGGACGGCAUCCAUUUGAUGGGCGGUUUUCUCCUAGCUUAUUUCUCCACUGCAGCUGCUGUAUCUAUUGUUGGUUUUGUUGGGACUGUUCAGCGCAAAGCUACCCUCCUCAAGUUCUAUCGAGAUUCGUCGAUAGCGGAUCUCUCUUUAUGCGUGCUCGUUGCUUUGAUCGGAAUCUACUUUGCAUGGUUGCCCCAGACGAAUGUGAGGGUUUGUGAAGGGCUCUCACAACAACCGGAACUCAUGAGAGACUUGUAUGAGUUUGGGUUGAGCCCUGAAAAUUGUGAAAGGUGGUGUAACAGAGCAGUUGUGGCCUUGUUGGUAGUCAUGAUCCUAUCCAUCGUUGCCAAGCUACACUUCGUUCUAGCAGUGGAAAUCUACUAUUCCCAUCUAGCACGAAUUCCUCGACUUACGGUUGAACAGCAAAAUGAAUAUGCCGAGCUACAAGUGCGAGCUCCUGGACAUGGACCUCUCCGACGGAUAUUUAUUGCUCGAGGUCCAGAAGAUAGUUCAGCCGAUAGCAAUUCGCUUCAAGAUGAGGAGAUGGUUGUGUAUACCCGCAUACCUCCUGAACACCUUCCUUGGAGAACAACGGCGGAUGCACGGAGAGAAGCCACAGCACGGUGGGUUACGGGAAUGGCGUCACAAUCUCCACCGAGGAAUUUGAGCCCCCCAUCUAGUCCGAGUCUGGGGAGCUCAGAUUCAGGUCAUGGCUGUAUGACUGGCUCCGGGCAAGUCAGAUUACCAAUUGAGGCUGGAGAAGGACUGUUCCCCCUUUCUCAGAGGACGUAGAAUCAUCUUGACAGGACAAGAUUUUUCUUGCUCAACUAUUUCGGUUUUCUAGGUUAUCCACAUGUAUCAUCACCAUACAUUCUUGAUUUAUGUGUUAUCUUCAAUCGAAGUUUUCCAUCCUGAAUUCUUUUCCCGCGUCAUUCUCCCCAGUUGUAUUUCUUUUUUUUACUAUACGCUGACUUUCGUUAACUUUCCCGGUUCCACUUCCACACACUCCGUUUCGAAAACGCCUCCUCUCCUUCCGGAAAUUUUGCGGUGGACAAUCUACGCUAUCAUACCGUACUUGUUCUAAAGAUGUUCUUAGACAUUGAACCUUUACGCCCUCAAGCGGAACUUAAAUUAUUCAAG